GACAGCAGCAUCAGUCGUGGUCCUGCUGAAGCAGGGAGACAGCCUGCAAGUAGUACCGCCACCCAGGAUACAGCACUGCUGGUGGGAAGGUGACACAUGUGGGGGCUUAAUCCUGGGAAUCACUGCCUGAUAGGAUUCACACUAUAGACAUGGGGUUUCCCUUCUCUGUCCUCCUCGUCUCCCACUUACUAGUCUGGACUCACUUGCUAGCGGAUUUGUGCUCAGGGCUCCAUGCAGAAUCCAUAAUGUCACUGAACCUGCCCAUUACUAGCGAGUCUGUCAGUGAUGAUGAGAAAGUUGAACAAUUAGGACAGUCUUGUGAUUUUAAAAUUCAUUGUCCCUGGGUGUCAUCAAUAAAAAGAGACGGAAAGCCACAUUGGGUGCACACAGUAGUUGGAGAACUUGCAUCUGAGAAACAGAGGGAGCUCUUGGAAAGUCAGUCUACACCAAGACACAAACAAGACGAAAUACUAUUCCUCAAUACAAGUCAGUCUACUGAGAACUGCGCGGUGACUUGGCUUCUCAGUCCAAUUCUGACUGCAGGUUCUGAGAUGUGCCAACUGGAACUAGUUCUUUACUCACAGGAAGAUGCGAUCAUGACAGCAAUGGUGCACAAUAUCAAAGCAAAUUCCAGCUUACCACUCUCACUUAAGGAAAAAACAGUCAACAAAAGAUCAAACUGGAAGAUGCUGAGUGCAGAAAUUGCAGGAGUGAAUGAGCCAUUUCAGAUAUCUUUGGAUUAUAUACAUUGUGUGCAGACGGCAGAUCAUCCUAUAGUCCUGGAGUCGCUAACCCUUAGACACUGUUCUGCUGGUUACCAAGACAGUUUUAUGCCUACAUGUGUAGGUGAGAAUUCCUUCUUUUGUGACAAUGGAGACUGCAUCAAUUAUGUCAAUCUUUGUGACUUUACUAAUGAUUGCCCCACAGGCGAAGAUGAAGGUGCUUUAUGUGAAAUCAUCCUUCCCUCUGGAAGCUACUGUUCCUUUGAUGAUGGAACUUGUGGUUGGACUCCAUAUGAUGGAAAUGACACAACGUGGCUAUACACUGACGCUACACAAAUAGAGGACACAUCCCCCUCCGACCUCAAAUUGGUGAAAGGACAUUUUCUGUAUCUGUCUGUACAGAGUAAGCGCAGCGAUGGUAGCGCAACUAUUUACAGUGCCGUGUUUCCAAAAGUGGUCACUAAUAAUGUCUGCCAGCUUAGUUUCAAGUUCCUGAUCUCUGGGAUCUAUAACGGCUCCCUUGGAAUAUAUGGCCUGGAGGACGGGAAAGGAAUGGGGAGUUCAGUAAAACUCUGGGUAAAGCAAGGGGCAUCAGGCAACUUUUGGAAUUCAGGAACACUACAGAUUCCCCAGUUUCAAAACAGAUUCCGCUUACUUGUAGUGGCAACUUGGGGUUGGAAUUCCCUUGCACACAUUGCUUUAGAUAAUGUUACCUUUUCAGUGGAUUGCUUUCAUGCAGGAAGAAUAGAAAUUGGAUAUGAAAAUCAUGGUUUAGUGGAUGAUUUUGAAGAUGACACUGUGAUGCCUCUGUCAGAGCCUUCCUAUACAGAUGAAAAUUCAGAACUUGAACUCCAGUUCACUUCGUGCGGUGCCAGUGGACCUCAUGGACCGACCCAGACACAAUGUGACAAUGCUUACCGCAGCAGCAACAUAUCUGUAGUCGUGGGGAAGGAGGGUCCACUUAGGGGAGUACAGCUGUGGAAGGUCCCUUUUACCAGCGUGUACCAAAUUUCAGCAUAUGGAGCGGCUGGAGGCAAAGGAGCAAAGAACCACAACAAUCCUGCUCAUGGGGUCUUCAUUUCUGCCAUCUUCCCUCUACAGAAGGAUGAGAUUCUAUAUAUCUUGGUGGGCCAGCAAGGAGAAGAUGCCUGCCCAGGGAAAAAUGAAUUGACCAAAGAAAUAUGCAUGGGCAAGUCCUCCAUUAUUGAAGACAAUUAUGAUGACCAGAAUAGGUUCUCAGAAUGGGCAGGUGGCGGAGGAGGAGGAGGUGGAGCAUCUUAUGUCUUCAAGGAGGUAAAUGGUGAAUUUAUACCACUGCUGGUAGCAGCUGGAGGUGGAGGGAAAGCCUACCUAGAAGAUCAAGAGGAUCCCUUAGACUUUAUUCACCCAGAGAGGUUUGAAAACAAUACAGCUGUACCUGGCCCCAAUGGCAUGUCUGGAGCGGCAGGUGGAGGGGGUGGAUGGAAUGACAUCACAGAGUUGCCGGUGGCUGGAAAAUCCUUAUUAUUUGGGGCAGAAGGAGGGCAGACCUGCUACAAAGCAAUAACAAAACUACAGUGGCAUACAUCUGGCGGAUUUGGUGGUGGAGGAGGUCCCUGCACCUCUGGUGGUGGAGGAGGAGGCUACCAAGGUGGUAACGCCUCUGAACUGGAUGACAUUUUUACUGAUGGACAAUAUGGCGUCUCAUUUUUUCACCCAUCUGUUAAAAUCUUCCUGCAUCCUUUGGCUGCUAUGGAGAGUCACGGAGAAGUGCAAAUUAAACUGUUUGUAAACUGUAGCCACUGUUAUACUGACAAUUGUAAAAGAGACCCAAUCAACAGGAGCGUUGUGUGUCUUUGCGAGGUUGGUACUGUGCUCGCCAGCGAUAACACAACCUGUGUAGUUCCAAAGUGGCCAUUAGCCGAGAAGCAACUCCCACUCUCACUCAUUCUCGCUGUCCUUAUAGCGACGGUUAUUCUUGGUAUCAUCUUUGCCUGUGGAAGCCUGUCAUUUGUUUACCACCGUAAGAAGAAACAGCUGGAAGGAGCACGAGUGCGACUGCAGAGCACAGAGUACAAACUGAGCAAGAUCCGUAGUUCUAUCAUCAUGACAGACUACAACCCUAACUACUGUUUUGCAGGGAAGGGAGCCAGCCUGAGUGAGCUGAAGGAAGUACCUCGCAAGAACAUUACUCUGCUUAGAGCCCUGGGUCAUGGCGCUUUUGGUGAGGUUUAUGAAGGGAUGGUUGUUGGGAUUUCUGGAGAUCCGAACCCACUCCAAGUAGCUAUAAAGACACUACCAGAAAUCUGCUCUGAACAAGAUGAAAUGGACUUUCUCAUGGAAGCUCUGAUAAUCAGUAAAUUCAGCCACCAGAACAUUGUGCGCUGUAUUGGAGUGAGUCUUCAAACCCUUCCUCGUUUUAUCCUGCUGGAACUGAUGUCUGGUGGGGACAUGAAGAGCUUCCUCCGGCAGAAUCGUCCAUGGAUUAACCAACCUUCUACCCUAUCCAUGCUAGAUCUGCUGAAUAUGGCCAGGGAUAUAGCUUGUGGCUGCAAAUACCUGGAGGAAAACCACUUCAUCCACAGGGACAUAGCGGCCAGAAACUGCCUUCUAACGUACAGUGGGACAGGACGUGUGGCCAAAAUCGGUGACUUUGGAAUGGCGCGGGACAUUUAUAGAGCCAGCUACUAUCGCAAAGGAGGGAGAGCCAUGCUUCCAGUCAAGUGGAUGCCACCAGAGGCUUUCCUAGAGGGAGUCUUCACUUCGAAAACAGACACUUGGUCAUUUGGAGUAUUGCUCUGGGAAAUCUUCUCUUUGGGCUACAUGCCAUACCCAUGCAAAACUAACCAGGAAGUGCUGGAAUUUGUAACCAGUGGUGGGCGCAUGGAUCCCCCCAAAAAUUGCCCAGGGCCAGUAUAUCGUAUAAUGACUCAGUGCUGGCAGCAUACACCGGAGCAUAGACCCAACUUCUCCACUAUUCUAGAAAGGAUCAGUUACUGUACGCAGGAUCCUGAUGUAAUUAAUACACCUUUGCCUGUGGAAAGUGGACCAGCACCUGAAGAUGAAGGAAGCACAAGUAUACGGCCAAACAGCUGCAAUGGGCUCAACCCAAUUAUGAGCAGCCAACCAAUUGCUCCUUUGCUGGAUACACAGUCCACAGAACAAAAGCUCGGAGAUGUCCCUCAGGAAUUAUUAGUAGAGAAUCUUGCUGGCUGGAAUAUCAAGACCCCAGGUUUGCAAACUGUUGCCGAAUCAACUGAGGGCUCAUGGUUCCAAUCAAACCUCAGCACUACAACAGAGCCAAAACUCCAGACAACACACAAACUAAAAAAUAAGUCAAAAAACCUCUGGAACCCAACUUAUGGUUCUUGGGUUAUGGAGAGCACCUGUUGACACAUUCAUGAACAGCAAGGCUGUGAAGACUCAGGUUUGGACCUUAGAACUUUGGGUGUAGUCCCACCCUUUGGGUGUUUCCAAAGAAAAUUCACCAUUUUCCUUAUGCCAUUUCUGCCAACAUUACACACAGUGGUGUUGCUAGGUUCCCAAGAGACCUGGGGACUGGUAGAUCCAAUGGCCAAUGAUGCUACUGCAUGUUAGACUUUCUCAAUGCAGAGUGAACGUGGACAGCUACUGUUUAGCUACUAAACAUUAUAAACCAGCAGAGGUCUGUUUAAAAUGGUCACCGAGACUCAGAGCACUCUGAAUGAGACCUAAUGCAGGGACCCCAGGUCUCCAAUCCUAUCAAUUCCCCUGACUCCGUGGAUGGCAGGCAUGGACCUCAGAUGUUUCCAAACAGCACUGUGAAUUUUAUUUUUUAACUGAAGCUUCAAAAGACAACAGAUCUGCUCUCAACCUUACAUUUAAAGAUAUUUAUUUUUUUUAACUUUUAAGUUUUUGCUUGUGAAUUGAAUGGCAAUAAGGUACGGGAAAAAAUGUUGCUAUUAUUAUAUAAUGUACAGGCUUACUGAACAGGGGCGUAUGAUAUCUGUGCAAAAGCCACUCACAUGGAAAGUCACACUUAUAGAAAUAUAACAAACGUGGUAUCAUAUUCAUUGAAAUGGGCUUUUUUCCCCAUAUAAGCAUUUUCCUUUCGAACCAUACACAUUUACAUGGCAACUGAGUCAACAAAAUUUAGAUUAAUACAGUAUGUAUGCUAUGAUCAUUUUAAGAUUUGUGACAUGUCUGCACAGCUUUUUUUUGCAUUACUUUUGAAUCAUUUAAUGAAAAACUAUUACACCAAUGUUUUAAAACACAAACUUCAUUGUUUCUCACACAUUUAAAAAAUGUGGUUAUACUGUACACUGGGCUUUAUUGGUGUACACGAGAGCUUGGAAUCAGUGCUAGGUGCACAAAUAGGUGCUGAACGUUACCUAUUAAUAUGCCAUAUACAACACACAUACUAUUUUGGUUCAUAGGGAGGAAGGGUCAGUGUGCUCCAGCUCAAAGGAACCCUGAACCUACCACCUGCCUUGACCAGACAGUAAGUACAGGCUUCCCUUUGUACAUUGUGCCUAUCGUGGUUUAUUAAUUAAUUUGCACAAAUAGUUGCACCUCCAGUACCUGACCUUUCACAAUUUCUGUGUUCAAGAAAGUUUCAUGCUUGCCUUCAACAUUUCUACAUUUUAUACUAGUGGCAUACAAUACGUAUUACCUUAUAAAAUGCAAUAGCUUAAAUAAAAUCAUGGCUAUUUCACACUGCUGAGUGCACUGUGAGUAGUAAUUCAAUUGCA